AUGUUUGGUGAAAAAUUUGUUAGCUACUUAUCGUUUAGCGGAUAUGUGUUAGGCUAUGAGUCGGAGAUUGAAAAUUAUAUGUUUGUUGUGACGUUGAAUGUUCCUGGUGGUUCUGUUUCUAGAAGACAUGGAGUGCUUGCUAAUGAAUCUAUUCAUUGGUUAGCAUUGCCCUGGAAUAACGAUAGUGCUAAACGUUGGGUCAUUCUUUCUUUUCACUUAAGUACUGAGAUGGUUCAGCAACUGCCGCCACCCAAACCAUUGGAUCAUGCACAUCAUUCUGAAGUAAGAAUUUAUGGGUUCGAAGGUUCCCUUUGCUUACUUGUUAACAAGAACAAGGUCUUUCUGGAUAUUUGGGUGCAGAAGGAUUAUAGAGUAAGCAAUUCUUGGACUAAACAAUUCACGAUUUCUUCUCAACCUAAGGUUCAUGGAUCAUUAAGCUUUGUGCAGCCGUUAAAAUCUUUCAAUAACGGCGAGAUUCUGAUGCUACAGAAUGAUUGCAGCUUGGUUUUAUAUGACCCAGAAAGCAAAAGCCUUAGAACUCUACUUUCUGGUAUUGAAAAAGUUUGA